AUGGACUCUGAAGAGGACGAUAAAUAUGUCUGGUUUCCUGAACCGGGAAGAGGUACUGGUGUUUUUUCAGCGAGUGAUACGUGGAGAGCUAUGAAUCCUUAUCCAAUAGAAGUAUUUUGGCAUGAGGUGAUGUGGUUUACUGGAAGAAUCCCCAAGCAUGCUUUCAUUAUUUGGGUUGCGGCUAAAGACAGAAUGGUAACGAGAGAUAGACUUAUCAGAUGGGGUUUAUCGGUUCCUUCGACUUGUUUUCUCUGCACAGGUCAUGAUGAGUGCCGUCAACAUUUAUUCUUUGAUUGUGCGUAUAGUAAUCAAAUAUGGGCGUUCUUUGUUUCUCAAUUGAAUUUCGUCUCUCCUCAGAGCUUUGAAGCAGUGUUCCGUUGGUUGAAAGCGCCAUCGAGAAACAAGAAUGUGACGUUGAUUAUUAGACUCAUUCAUCAAGCGGUGUUAUACUUGGUGUGGAAGGAGAGGAAUAAGAGAAUUCACACUGCAGUGGAGAAGCCACCAAGAACUCUUAUUGCGGAGACUCAACAGAUUAUCAAGCUCAGAUUGGAUCCUCUGACUCGUAGGCAGAUAAUUCCUCAGGGACAAGACUCAGUGCUAGCUACUUAG